AUGGCCUUCGUCCUCAAUGUCCCCGAGACCCCAGGGGACUGGGGCAGCCAGGAGCCCAGCCCCUACGAUGAGGACGAGGUCCACAACUCCUUCCAUCAGCUCAUCCAGGAGCAGAGCCAAUGGGUGGAGGCCUCGGGGCCUGAGGAGGGGCUGGAGCUGCCUGCAUGGGAGCCGAGAAGUGGAGCCGCAGAGACCCCAGGGGCCCCAGGUAGAGACCACCAGGCCAUCCUGGAGCCUGGGGGCGGCCCUUCGUACAGCGCAGCCACCCUCCGAGUCCUGGCCAGCAUGCCCAGCCGUACGAUUGGCCGCAGCCGUGGGGCUAUCAUCUCUCAGUACUACAACCGCACUGUACGGCUUCGUCGCCGGGGCCACCGGCCCCCGCUCCACGGUGCCAGGCCCAGCCUGCAUGGCCGCGACCUGGAGCUGGACCCCGACAUCCAUCAGGAGGAGGAGAAGCGGAGCCUCCUCGUCCAAGAGCUCCAGGGCCUGUCGGGGACCCAGCAGGAUCACAUGCUCCGAGGAAUGCCGCUGAGCCUGGCAGAGAAGCGUGGUCUUCGAGAGGAAAGCCAGACCCCAGUGGGGAAGCGGAGGGGCCAGCAGGGUCCACGUGGGGUGUGUUCCUGCUGCAACCGUCUCAAGUAUAGCUGUGUCCUGGCCUUGCACAGCAUGGGGCUGGUGCUGCUCUCAGGCCUGAACUCCCUCACACCCUGGCACUAUGCCCUGAAGCGGAUCGGCGGCCAGUUCGGGUCCAGUGUACUCUCCUACUUCCUCUUCCUCAAGACCCUGUUGGCCUUCAAUGCCCUCCUGCUGUUGCCCCUGCUGGCCUUCAUCGUGGGCGUGCAGGCUGCCUUUCCGCCCACCCCGCUGCACCCUGCCCCCACCUUCACAGGCCUGGAGCUCCUCACGGGCGGGGGUUAUUUCACCCACACCGUCAUGUACUAUGGCUACUACAGCAACAUCACGCUGAACCAGCCGUGCGCCCCACCGCUAGAGGGCAGUCAGUGUACUCCGGGGGCCAGGGGCCUGCCCUACAACAUGCCCCUGGCCUACCUCUUCACUAUGGGCACGGCCUUCUUUAUCACCUGCAUCACCCUCGUUUACAGCAUGUCCCGUUCUUUUGGGGACAGCUACCGCGUGGGCAGCACAUUGGGGGUCCACGCUAUCACCGUUUUCUGCUCCUGGGACUACAAAGUGACGCAGGAUUGGGCCACCAUCCUGCAGCAGAACAACCUCCACACCCAGCUGAAGGAGAUGCUGGCCGAGUGGCAGCUGCAGCGGGUCCCCCGGAGCGUGUGUGGGCGGCUGCGGCGGGUGGCCGUGCUGGGCCUCGUGUGGCUGCUAUGCCUGGGGACCACCAUGGGCUGCGCCGUGGCGGUCUACGCCUUCUCAGAGCACAUGAUGCAGUCACCCUUGGCCGCGGGCCAGGAGGCGGCGCUGCUGUCCUUGCCCCUGGUGGUCAGCCUCAUCAACCUGGUGGCCCCUUACCUCUUCCGGGGGCUGGCCUCUCUGGAGCAGCACGAGUCCCCAGUGCAGGAGGUGUACGUGGCCAUCUGCAGGAACCUCAUCCUUAAGAUGGUCAUCCUGGGCAUCCUGAGCUACCACUGGCUAGGCCGCCGGGUGGGCGUCCUGAGCGGCCAGUGCUGGGAGGACUUCGUGGGCCAGGAGCUGUACCGCUUCAUGGUGAUGGACUUCAUCUUCCUGCUGCUGGACACGCUCAUCGGGGAGCUGGCCUGGAGGCUUGUCUCAGAGAAGAAGCUGAAGAGGCCACGGAAGCCGGAGUUUGACAUUGCCCGGAACGUCCUGGACCUGAUCUAUGGACAGACUCUGACCUGGCUAGGGGUUCUCUUCUCGCCACUGCUCCCCGCCAUGCAGAUCCUGAAGCUGCUGCUUCUGUUCUACAUCAAGAAGACGAGCCUGAUGGCCAACUGCCAGGCCCCCCGCAGGCCCUGGCUGGCCUCCCGCAUGAGCAUGGUCUUCGCCACGCUGCUCUGCUUCCCGUCCUUCCUGGGCGCCGCCGUCUUCGUCUGCUGCGCCGUGUGGCGGGUGAAGCCGUCCAGCAUGUGCGGCCCCUUCCAGACCCUGGACACCAUGUAUGAGGCGGGCAAGGUGUGGGUGCGUCACCUGGAGCAGGGUGGCCACCAGGUCUCCUGGCUGCCCUGGGUCUACCACUAUCUGCUGGAGAAUACCUUCUUCAUCUUCCUGGUGUCCGCCAUAUUGCUGGCUGUCAUCUACCUUAACAUCCAGGUGGUGAAGGGCCAGCGGAAGGUCAUUUGUCUUCUCAAGGAGCAGAUCAGCAAUGAGGGAGAGGACAAGAUCUUCUUAAUCAAUAAACUUCAUUCUGUCUAUGAGAGGAAGGAGAGGAGCAGGUGA